AUGUGGGAUGAAAUAGACUUUCUUGACAUGCAAAUAAAAAUCUUGGAGGAUGAACUGGGAGAAGAAGCCUGGGAUGAUGAAGAUGAAGCUGUUGAAGAAGGAACGGAUGAAGUGGAAUGUCUGAGACUCUGACUCGCUGGACAGAAAGGUGAGGUUCUGGAUGCUGGGGAGCUGAUCCUAGCCACAGGAUCCAUCAAUCAGGUACCGAUAGAGAUCAUUGAGUGGGUGAAGGUGGAAAGCAAGGAGACCGAAAGCCUGGAACAUCAAAAUAGCCAGAAAAGACCAAAAAGACCAAAAAGACCAAAAAGACCAAAAAGACCAAAAAGACCAAAAAGACCAAAAAGACCAAAAAGACCAAAAAGACCAAAUGACAGAGCGAUAAAGGUUUUUCGCACAAGGAUACUGAUAGAUAGAGCAGAGAGGUAUGAAAAAGCGGAAGUGGGUAGUGAAUUCAAGCAAAUAAAAAUAGAUAGGUGAUGAUUAAGAGGCCAUAAGGCCUGUGGCAGUGAAGCUGCUGAAAAUUAA